AUGAACCUAAUACAUAGAACGAGUAAGUUUUUCUAAUACAUAUGUGUUGAUAAGUUUAGUGGGAGGGACAAUCAGAUCGAAUGUUAUAUAGCAUAUUAUUUUGAAAUUAUUGAUUAUAAGAAGCCGUUUAACCGGGUUUUGAUGCUGAGCAUUUUUUGUAAUCAUAUGAACAUGUGUUAAAAUCUCAAAUGCUUUUGCUAAAAUAGAAACUUUCACGAAAGAGUUAAAAUAACAACCCAACUGACAAUAGAUGUAAAGGAUAUUCAAUAGCAAAUAAAUUAUGCAGUUGCAGAACAAGAUAUUUAAAUGAGCUUUAAGGAGUUGAUGUUGCUCUUCCUAGACAAUUAUAUCAAGAAUGUCAGAUAUACAACCCUGGGAGAGGCUUUGAUUUUAAAGUUAAGCUUAUAUGAAAUUUAAAGCUUCUAGCAGAGACUAUUCUUAACAAAACUUAGGUUUUAAUAUCUAAAAAUAUAUUAUCAUAAAUUUCACCCUCAAUUUUUAGAGAGAUGGGCUACUUGUACAUAGGUUACUGAAAAAUUAUAACUUUACAUAGGGGAGAGCAAUAAAUUGAAUUUUAAUCUUUCCAAGUCACUGAAAUAUUUUCAUUUGCUAGAUUAAAUACAAAUAAAUAUAUUUAGAGUUAUAGAAGACAAAAUACGUAUAUUGGAACUGUUGAAAAGGAACUAUCAAAAUGCAGUUCCUUUUCUUUUACAUUAAUCUACACAAAAAUAUUUUAAUUAAUGUGAUGAACUCGAAUAGUUAAUAAAACAAUUAAUUGAGCUUAACGGAAUUUCAUUUGAAGUCAGAGGAUUACAAGAUGAAUUUUAUUCACAAAUAAAGGUAGAUUAUGCUCAUAAGAAUAUCCAUAAAAAGUCAACUAUUCCUUUCAUAAACUAAAAUUAAACAGCAUUUGUAAUCUGCGAUUAUGAAGGAGACCUUAUAAUUAAGGAUUAUUCUAAUAAUUUUAUCUCAAUGAUUGAUGUAAGUUCAUAAAUAAAGGGAAGUGCCAUUGAGUCAAUUGUUCCAGUUACGUUAUAAUAGUAUCAUAGAAUGGCUAUUGCUUAAAUGGUCAGUACAGGCCAAACGAAAUUGGUUAAUAAGGAAUAAUACAGUUUAAUGGUAAAAUCAGAGAAAUAUAUUUUGGAAGUGGAUGCCUUACUAAGAUUUGAUUAUAGAUAAUUAGAGUUAUUGAGGUUCAUUGGAUUCAUUCAAUUGCGGGAUAAGGACAGUAUUUUAAUACUUGCUAACGAGAAAGGCAAGAUUGAUUCAUAUUCUAGAUCUGCUGGAGUAUUACUUAAACUAGAUGAAAUUGAUAGCAACCAUCUGAAUUAUUUUUACUUAUCUCCUUGUUUAUUACAAGAGAAGAUGGAAUUUGAGUUUGAUGGGUUUUUAUUAGUUCCUAAGAGACAUUUUAGGUCUGAUAUUUUGAGCUACAUGAAAUAUUUUUUAGGAUCUCCUGAUGAAUGUAUUAUAUUCUUAGUUAAUGGGUAACAUCAAAAGAAAUGUUACACUUCAGUUACAAUCUAAUUUUUGAAAGUGAAUUCUUUUUAUUAAUUAAAGGAAUUUGAUUUUAAACUGAUUGCUUUAGAUAUCAUGAUGAGAUAGAUUAUGAUCUUAAAAUAAGUCAGUAAAUCUCAAUAUAUGAUGCCAUCAGAAUCAGUUCGUAAAAUAUAAACGUUUAAAAAGACUUUUAAGUUUCAACAAACUCACACAAUUGAAUUAACUGAGGAAGAAUAUAAUUUGAUUUAUGAAGAUGAUUCAGAAAGGGAAAUCUAAGUUUAAAAUAAAAAUCAGUAUAUUCUUCCUGAAUUCAUCCCAUCUUUAGAUUCCAUAAGAACCCAAAAUGAAAAAUUGCUUCUCACUUUUGAGUAGUGUCGAGACUACCAAUAUAAUUUAAGUAAAGAUAAAUCUUUUGAAUAAUAAUAAAAACUUGAUACUUUGGAAGGAUCCAAAUCAGAGCAAGAAACAUUAAGCAAUCAAAAGAGGAAUACUCAUAAAUUAAUAGAAAUUGAAUUGAAUGCUGCAGAAGAUCAAAAUAUCGAAGAAUAAUUAUAAAUUAUAUUAGCUACUGUCAAAACUAGAUAAACACGUAAAGAAUUUCUGGAAAUGAAAAAUCAGAUGAAAAAUAAGCAUAAAACUAGUACUUGGUAUGGAAGUGGAAAUCAAUAAACUUAAAAAAAACUUGUUAGAAGCAUAGUUCAAUAAUUCUAAAAUUCUUCCUUGAAUUCAUUAAUUUAUAUUAAAAUAGCAUCAUGCUUUUUAGUUUUAAUAAACGUUGGAUUUAUUCUUGGAUUCGUAAUCAAUAGUAUAAUCAACAUAGCUGGAAUAUAAAUGGAUUCAAACAAUCAAACUUAUCCUCUCAUAUUAUUUCAAGAUAUCAAUUUGGUAUUAUUAGGUAUUCAACUUGAUGAUUGGAAUUAAUCUUAUUAUGAGAUAGCACAAUCUUUUAGAAUCUUAGGAGCUGAAUAAUACUAAAAUUUAAGUAUUUAUGUUAACGAUGUUGAAUUGGACUAUCACACAUUUCUGUAAGAACUUGAUAAAUAAACCAUUAUAGUUUAAGAAAAUGGACUUCCAAUUACCUAUUUUACAAAAUACUUUCUAAAAAAUUAUAUGGUUGAAAAACUUAGAACAAUUGAAGAAGCUGCAUCUGUUCCUGUGUUUGGAGAGGAAAGUCAAUUUCUAUUUGAUAAUUAUCCUGAAUUAGCAAAUCAAUUAUGGAAUUUGAAAAAUAAAACUACAAGAGAUGUAGUUGAACGAAUAGAUGAAUUAAAUUUAAUGUCAUAACUAUUGCUGAUCCUCUCGAUCAUAUGUAAUCUAAUAGCAAUACUAAUCUAUAUAGCAUUUCUAAUUAGUGUUAUUUAGUGGAGGAAUUAGCUAUAUACAACAUUAUUCCUAUUUAACAAUGUUUAAACGUUGAUUACUUAAUUAUCAGAUUCAAUAAAUCGUUAGUUCCUCUAAGUUUCAGGGACAAGAGGAGAUGAUGAAGAAAAAAAUAAGAAAAUUAAGUUAAUAUGGUAGAUUUAUGGAAUUCUAACUUUUUUUCUUCUAUUGAUCAUCUCUUUAGGUGUGUACAUACCACUGUUCCUGUAUAUUGAUUCUGUCAAUUUAUAAUCUAUCGAUGUUAAUUAACUUCAAACUGAACUCGCCAUGAUGCAAUUGAAAUAAUCUGCUAUUCUCACUUGGUAUGCUAUCAACCAAACCGAAAACAAGUAUAAUACUAAUUUAGUCCAUAACACUUCUAUUAUUCAAUAUGUGAUUGACUAAUGUACCCCCUCUGAAUAAUUUGUUCUAUACGAUCUUCCUUUUGAUAGUAAAUAUGAUUAUUUUCCAGAAAUUCAGCAGUAUUCAACAAUCUCGCUAUGCAAUUGUUCUUUAUUACAAAAUCAAUUAAAGAAUGGAUAUUAUGGAUUUUAAUCUUAUGUCUCUUAACAUUUAUUAGAUUAAGAAUAAUUUGAUGAAAUCAUGGAUGCCUAUAAAAUUGUAUUUGAAUAUCAAAUCAAAAAAAAAACAGAAUUUGACGAUUACAUGCAAGUUAGAUUAAAAAAUACUUAAUUAACCUUAUAAAUCAUCUUGGAGAUAAGUGUGAUAAUUAUCAUUCUAAUUUAAACAUUGAUUCUAAUUUUAAUCCAUGGAUAAAUUAUUAAAAUAAUUUAAUCUGCUAAAACUAUUAUAUACUUAUUUCCUCCUUAAAUUUUAGCAAACAACAAAUAUACUUUAUAAGUAUUAAUCUAAAGUAGCAAUUAAUGA